UUUUCAUCUGUGGCGUAGUGCAACAUGGUGGCUUGGUAAAACGAAGAUAGUUCGUAAGCAUCUUGUUUUUAAGUGACCAUGGUUCGUAUUUUAAGUUAUAUACAUCCAUUUUACUUGCUUAUGUUAUGCUGUAAAACCUUACAGUUGCAGUGUUUAUAAAGAAUGUUUGGACUUUAAUCCAUGAAAUGUGUUCAAUCUCCCUAUAUCUGUCCGCUAGUCAUUGUUAACGAGCUUGCUUGCUAGCUAGCUAGCUAACGUUACCAGUAGCUAGGUAACGUUAGGAAGUUAAAAGAAAAAUCCACUCAAAAACAUGCAUUUUUUUCAUUAGACCACUGUUGAUACAGUCCCAACAUCUUUUGCAUGUCAGCAGUCAAGUUUUCGAUGCCGCGUUCAAAACAACUGGGAGCUCGGAAAAAACGAGCUCCGAAUAGGAAAAAUCUAUUUGAAAUGUCAUCCAACUCGGGAACUCGGGCCUCCUUCUAGAACUCCGACUUUCUGACCUGACGAUCACUGACGUCAUGAUUUGACCUUGUAUUUUUCAGAGUUCCCAGUUGUCUUGAACGCACCAUAAGAUAUAGGAUUUUCAAGAAGCAAAUGCCCCGUUCAAAACAACUGGGAACUCUGAGGUCAAAUCGAUGUCUGAUCAUGACGUCAGUGAUCUAAAGGUCAGAAUGUCGGAGCUCUAGAAAGAGACCCGAGAUGGAAUUCAGAGUUGGAUGACGUUAAAAACGAUUUUCCCCAGUCGGAGCUCGUUUUUUCACCAGAGUUCCCAGUUGUUAAAAAAAAAGAUUAGCUAGUUGAUAGGAUGAUGAUGAUGUUGUUCAUUAAAUCGAUAAAUGGAGACAAUCAGAACUUAAUAAUGGGGGUUGGUGACCUAAUGCACUGAGAUUAUGGUAAAAUGGACUUGAGGACCUACAACUCAAAGCUAUACUUAUUCUGUCCUCACAGAUGGCUGGUGAUCCAACCGACAAGAACGAUGCAGCAGAGACCUCAGGAGUCAAGGAUAAGGAUCGGGAGCGGAAACGCAGUCGCUCACGAGAGCGUGAACGCAAAGGCUCCCCGUCCAAGGACCGGAAACCACGCCAACGCUCUCGUGAACGCAACCGAUCCAAAUCCGCAGAAAGGUUUGAAUGAUGCAUUACUGGUAGUGGGUGAAUGCGAAACAACCUGCCAGAAUAGUUUCAACCUUUCGGUCACAUUAAGUACAUCUUCCCUACAGGUUGAAACGCACUGCUGACAUAAUCAGGGCAGCGUGGAAUCCAGGGAUGGAAGAUGUUGCUGUACUCUUAAUAUUCCUAUUCUCUAAAGCAGUGUUUACCAACCCUGGUCCUCAAGUACCCCCAACAGCACACAUUUCUGUUGUAGCCCUGGACAAGCAACUCAUUCAGCUCAUUGAGGGCUUGAUGAUUAGUUGAUAAGUUGAAUCAGGUGUGCUUGUCUAGGGUUACAAUACAAAUGUGUACUGUUGGUGGUACUUGAGGACCAGGGUUGGGGAAACACUGAUCUAAAGUGACAAAUCGAGAAGUUUGAAUUACUGCUAGUUUUGUAUUAAACUGCCUUUUUCGUCCUCAUGCUAGGUAGCAGAAGCCAUAGCAGCCAUGUUUGGAUUUUAUUUUGACAUUUCCACAGCGUAACGAAGUAGUCCGCUCAGAGCCUGAUUGGCUGACUAUCCUUUGUUGUUCUACGUGCCAUUCCAAAAAGGUUGCUGUCUUCUGCUACCUAGCAUGAGGACGAAAAAGGCUGUUAAAUAAAAAAUUAGCAGUAUUUCAAUCUUCUCGAUUUAUCACUUUGGAUAAUGGGAAUAUUAGGAGUACAUCGACAUCUUCCAUCCCUGGAUUGAGGUACAUUUUUCAAGCCAUAUUCCACACUGCCCUGAUUAUGGCAGCAGUGCAUUUCGACCUGUAGGGAAGAUGUACUUACUGCGACCGACCGAUCAAAACUAUUCUGGCUAGGUCUUUCCACUGUAUUUGAAAGGUGUCCAGCUAUGUAUCUGACCUUUCCUUCCCCUCAAGAGAUCGCCGUCUGAAGGACAAGGAGAGAGAGAAGGAGCAUGACCGGGACAAGAACAGAGAGCGGGGUCGCAAGGACAGAGACAAGGACGGUCACCGCAGAGACAAAGACUGCAGCAAGAAAUCCAGGUCUGUAGGCUUGAGUCAGACUGAUGUUUUAGUCACAGGGUGAGUGUUCGGUGCAGGCUUGAGCCGAUUACAAGAUCAUAGUGUCCUAUUGAUAUGGUUCCAUCCAGAGACGUUAAAAACGUCUCUAGGCAUUACAAAGAUCUGAUAUUCUCAGCAGAAUGUUUAUCUGGAACACUCCCACUUUGUGCCAUUCAGUAACUGAGUGUGAGCUAUGAGUCUUUAAAACAUCACGUAAUAUGCAGAGCCAUUUUCAGAGCUUAUUUUCUUUCUUUACUUUUUCAACUUGGGUGGUUACUUCUUCUUACAGAAGCAUCUCCCCCAAGUCCAAGGACAGGAUAAAGAGGGAGAAGGAUUUGAAAAAAGAGGAGGAUGAGGAAGAGGACAAGAAGAAGAAAGGAAAGGUAAGGAGGGAGUAGUCUCUCCAUUCUCCAAAGGCCCAGCUAACUACCACCACGUCGGGAUGUAUCUUGAGGUGUGAUUGUGUUUCAUGAUGAGUAUUUCUCUGUAUCUCUCUUAGGUCCAGCCGCUGUCUCUAGAGGAGCUUCUUGCCAAGAAGAAAGCAGAGGAGGAGGCGGAGGCAAAGGUGAGACCAUAGUGCCCAUUUGGUAGUCAAUCUGUUUGGUGUUUUUUUAUUUAAUUUUUUAGUCAUUUAGCAGUCGCUCUUAUCCAGAGCGACUUACAGUUAGUGAGUGCAUACAUUUUUCAUACUGGCCCCCUGUGGGAAUCGAACCCACAACCCUGGCGUUGCAAGCGCCAUGCUCUACCAACUGAGCUACAGGAGGCCCUGUUGCAGUGAGGAGCAAGAUGGGAGUGUAACAAUUAAGAAUGUUAAGCUAUGUUUCUCCACAUUGAAUUUGAAUGUUUUCGUAGUUCAAAACAUUUUUCCCCUUUAUUUCUCUCCCUCUCUUUCUUUCUCUCUCUCAGCCCAAGUUCCUGUCCAAGGCGGAGCGCGAGGCAGAGGCUCUGAAGAGGAGGCAGCAGCAGACGGAGGAGAAGAAGAAGACUAUCGAUGAGGACCGGAAGAAGAGGAGGAUGUUCCAGGACAUCGGGAGGAAGAUGAUGGGUGAGGAGGAGGGCCUUGGGGUUAGUCAGGAGGAAGAUGAUGGGUGAGGUAGGAGGGGCUUGGGGUUAGUCAGGAGGAAGAUGAUGGGUGAGUAGCAGGGGCUUGGGGUUAGUGGAGAGGAGAUGAUGGGUGAGUGGGAGGGGCUUGGGGUUAGUCAGGAGGAAGAUGUGGGUGAGUAGGAGCGGCUUGGGGUUAGUCAGGUCACAAUAUUCUGUAUGUUUCUGAUAGAAAUGUCUUCUAAAGAACUUAACUGAUUCCAUAUUCUACAUGACAUAGAAGCAUGGCUGUUCUACAUCAUGUUUCUAUCUGGACGUUCAGUAACGUUUCACCCCACUGAAUACGGCCUAGGUUUCUGGCAGUUAGAUAUCACACUGUUAGACCUCUGGUUAGGUCUCUGACAGUGCUUGGAGUUAGGGUUGAAGUUUUUUUCAUAGUUCCAUUGAACCUGCUGUUGGCUCACAGUGUAUGUCUGUCCGUGUCCCAGAGGACCCCCAGGAGAGGGACAGACGAGAACGGAGAGAACGGAUGGAGCGAGAGAACAACGGGGACCAAGCGGACGACGGAAGACAGAAGAUCAGAGAGGAGAAGGAUAAGGGCAAGGAGCUCCAGGCCAUCAAGGUUAGUCUGGAGAUUGAGGAUCUGCCAUGGGCUGGUUUCAGGAAUACAGGUUAAGCCCAUUUCUGGAUUGUAUUCAUUCAUGGACACUGUAGCAAAACCUAGCAAAACAUUUUGCAACAGAAAAUGAAAACAACGUUUCUUAUUGGACAACGUAAUGUCGUCCCUGCCUGUUUGAGUUUGUCUUCCUGUGUUUGAUUCCUAGUGAAUAUGACCCUUGACUAAAAAGCAUGUUCACUGGAGAUUCUCUGAUUAGUUAAAUCAUGAGCUUUGAUAUGAUUGGUUGAACUAAGUGUUUGAGCAGGUGUACUGUGCCAUCUCACACCCGUCUGUCUCUGUCCAAUCAGGAGCGUUACCUGGGCGGGACUAAGAAGCGCCGGCGGACACGUCACCUGAACGACAGGAAGUUUGUCUUUGAGUGGGACGCCUCUGAAGACACAUCUACAGACUACAACCCCAUGUGAGUCUGCAGAUGAACGCUGGGACGAUACAUUCACAGUUUCACAAACAUGGUGUUACAUGAGAUGUGUCCGAAUUAGAUCUAUUAUUUGGAUUAGAGGUCUUCACGGGUCCAACAGACAUGAAAUUCUGAGUAAUUUGUUAUAGGCUGUUUUUAAGGACACGUAACUAUGGCUAAAUGUCACUUGUUUAUUUAUGGCGCUGGCAGCGCCUGGUUGGAGGUUUCUCGCUCUCACUCUCUCUCUCUCGGAUCUGAACGCGUCUCUCAGAUCUGAACUGGCAGGGGUCUGUUUUUCACGGUCCUUUUCAGAACGGGUCUGACUGUCCUUCACGGGUCUUUUAAACUGAAUUUAUGCGUAUAGGUCAGGUGGGAAAUCCACGGGUCCAACUUUUUGGACCCGUGAAGACCUCUAAUUUGGAUACGGGCAACCAUUAACCACUUUGCUCCUUCAAUAGACAUUUGGCUUUCUCUAAUGCACCUGCUCUCUUCCCUUCUAAUAUCCCACUCUGCCUCCGUCUCUCAGUUAUAAGGAGAAGCACCAGGUCCAGCUGUAUGGGCGGGGCUUUAUCGCUGGGAUCGACCUAAAGCAACAGAAGAAAGACCAGUCACAUUUCUACGUCGACAUGAUGGAGACGAGACGCACACUGGAGGAGAAGGAGCAGGAGGAGUGAGUCACAUAAACACACCUGACAAACUACCAUGCUCUCAAACACAUCAAAUCGAAACAGCUUAAAACGGUUGAUUGUCGUUCUCUAAUCUCUGCGCCAUCCCCCUCCCCUCCCCUCCCGCUCCUCAGGGUGCGGCUGAAGAAGGUUCAUAAGAAGGAGGCCAAGCAGCGGUGGGACGACAGACACUGGUCCCAGAAGAAGCUGGAGGAGAUGGCGGACAGGGACUGGCGUAUCUUCAGGGAGGAUUACAGUAUCACCACCAAGGGUGGCAAGAUCCCCCACCCCAUCAGGAACUGGAAGGAGUACAACCUGCCCCCGCACAUCGUGGAGGUCAUCGACAACUGUGGCUACAAGGUCAGCUGUGAAGACUUCGGAUGCACACGCCACCUUUUGGGUCUUCCCCUGAUCCAGCACUGAAGCCAUUACUUGCUGUAUAAAAAAAUGACUUCCUUUUUGUUUCCCUUGUUGUCCAGGAUCCAACGCCUAUCCAGAGACAAGCCAUCCCCAUUGGCUUACAGAACCGUGACAUCAUCGGCGUGGCUGAGACGGGUAGCGGUAAAACGGCUGCCUUCCUCAUCCCCCUAUUGGUCUGGAUCACUACCCUGCCCAAGGAUGAAAGGUGAGCCACACCACCCCAGCCAGAGGGUUACCCCUCAAACUACUCUCCAAGAGUUGCAUGUCCUUCUUUCGAACCACACACACACCCUUCUCACACCCUCUUUCCCCUGGCUCUGUAGGAUUGAGGACUCGGACCAGGGUCCGUAUGCAGUGAUCCUGGCCCCCACCCGUGAGCUGGCGCAGCAAAUCGAGGAGGAGACCCUUAAGUUUGGGAAACCUCUGGGUAUCCGCACCGUGGCCGUCAUCGGAGGUAUCUCCAGGGAGGACCAGGGCUUCCGCCUCCGGAUGGGCUGCGAGGUCAGACACUAGAAAACAUGCAGAUUCACACACGCACACACACACAAUUUUAUUGCCAAUAUGAAGACGCAUGCUUGUGACGUCUGAGUAAACGUGUCUGUGUGUUCCAGAUAGUAAUAGCCACCCCAGGUCGUCUGAUAGACGUGUUGGAGAACAGAUACCUGGUCCUGGGUCGCUGUACCUACGUGGUACUGGAUGAGGCUGACCGCAUGAUAGACAUGGGCUUUGAGCCUGACGUCCAGAAGAUCCUGGAGUACAUCCCUGUGACCAAUCAGAAACCAGACACUGACGAGGCAGAGGACCCAGAGAAAAUGAAGAUGAACUUCGAGAUGGGAAAACACAAGUACAGACAGGUAAGAGAUUGUUAAAGCCUAGACAGAUAAAUAAACACACACAGAAGAAAAUAUCAGCUUAAAGCUAGCUGUACAAUUUAAGAAGAUAAUUCUCUCUCCCCUGCCGUUCCUCCUUCCAUUUUUCUCUCUCCUUUCCUCCAUCCGUCUCUCUCCUCUCUGUUUCUCAGACGGUCAUGUUCACAGCUACCAUGCCCGCGGCGGUAGAGCGGUUGGCCCGUAACUACCUGCGUCGUCCGGCCGUGGUGUACAUCGGUUCAGCUGGUAAACCCCACGAGAGAGUGGAACAAAAGGUCCUGCUCAUGGGAGAGGGAGAGAAGAGGUAACACACCUACACACAGAGACACACACACACACCACUUCUAUCCCUGAAGCUGUAGCUAAUGCCGAGUCUCCCUUGUUUUCUCGUCUUCCAGGAAGAGGCUGCUGGAUGUUUUGGCGCGCGGGUUCGAGCCGCCCAUCAUCAUCUUCGUCAACCAGAAGAAGGGUGUCGACGUGCUGGCCAAGUCUCUGGAGAAGAUGGGGGUGAGACCUCAGGCUCUUAUUAGGGGAUAUGUUUACCACUGAACUGGGUCAAAUACUUUCUAAUACCUGAGCUUUGCUGGUUUGUUUUCCCGGUACAAUGUAACAACUGGAAUAGCUCCAAAAGUGCAAACUCAGUGCUAAAUCAAGGGCACCUCAAAUACUUAUAUUUUGACCUAUGUUUUUUAAAAUCCAGGUCUUUCACCACUAUGGCUAAUCUAGGAACCAGGAGGUUGAUAAUGGUCCCUUUCUAAUUAUAUUUCUCUACUUUCCCCCCCUCUCUCAGUACAAUGCUUGCACGUUGCACGGUGGCAAGGGCCAGGAGCAGAGAGAGUUUGCUCUGUCCAACCUGAAGGCUGGAGCCAAGGACAUCCUGGUGGCCACCGACGUGGCUGGGAGAGGUAUCGACAUCCACGACGUCUCUAUGGUGCUCAACUACGACAUGGCCAAGAACAUCGAGGGUAAGACCACCACCAUGACCUUUGACCCUGGGGUCACUAGAGCUGGGCAAUACGGACAAAAAUCCAUAUUGCGAUAAAUUGCCUGAAUUUAUGUGAUAACGAUAAAUAGAACGAUAAGUUUAUAACAUUAAUGUGCAUCACAUUUAUUUUAAAAUUAUAGUUUCAACUACUCGUUUGGUUGUAGCCAUCAAUUGUCCCAUUUAACAAUCACCAAUCAUUUAAAACUUCAAAUUUUCUAGUAUAGGCUACUUAUCGUAAUAAACAAUUUUAGCAAAAUGCCUGCGAUAAGUGAUCGGUAUAGUCGGUGUCGAUAAAUUUCAAUUUAUCGUUCCAGCUCUAGGUCACUCACCUGUCUGUUGGAUUUUCAUUCCGUCAAAGCGACUUUGCACAGCCUUCCGUAUUUGUAGACAGGGGUUCAAGUUUUCCUUCACUGCGGCAAAUGGAUUAAGGAGCAUCUAUUCCUCCAUCAGUUAAAAAAAUAUAAUGUACAUAAUUUAGAGAUCAAGUUCGCUGUCUUGAGCCUCCUGAAUGCCAUAGAGGACAAAUGGAGCACAUCUUUGCGACAGUCACGCUUGACAGCGAAGAAAACUGCUUGUCUAGCUCAAACCAUUCCAAAAAUAUGACCCAUAUUACCGGAGCUACCUUUUUUCCUUUGUAUCGCGAAUUCACACAUUUUAAAUAAUUUCACAAACCAUGUCACAGGCCGUUUUUAAAGUAAUCCCGGGCCUCUAAUUAUUGGUUUGAUAACAAACAACGUUGUUCAGUCAUGCUACCUAGCUAGCUAACAACUUGGUAACUUGACAGUACGUCUAGGCACAUUUGAUUAGCACAGGAUGAAAGGAAAAGGGUCUGCUGCUCAUGAGAUUCAUAUAGGCCUAAUGUAAACCUAACUAUAUCCAAAAUCAAUCUCUUUCUGGUGCUCCUUUAAUUCUGUUUGGUGGCUAACAUUUUAAAAGUUUGGAGCAGUGUGUAAGAGUAAAGAAGGUUUAAUGCAGUGUUUUCCCCUUACUGACACAAUAACAUGCAGAUCAUAAUGCAUGUAUAUUCUGCAGGGUUAACUUGGCCCCAGACAAUCGAUCUGAGAUUGACUUAAGUUUCAGUCACGUGAUUUUGUUUGUUUGUUGCUUUAACCCGUGUAGACUUUUUCUUACUACCUAUUGUGACAUUUCCCCCUCUCCCUCCCCUCCAGACUACAUCCAUCGUAUUGGUCGUACAGGUCGUGCUGGGAAGAGCGGUGUGGCCCUGACCUUCCUCACCAAGGAGGACUCGUCAGUGUUCUACGACCUGAAGCAGGCUUUCCUGGAGAGCCCCGUGUCCACCUGCCCCCCCGAGCUGUCCAACCACCCCGACGCCCAGCACAAGCCUGGUACCAUCCUCACCAAGAAGAGACGCGAGGAGACCAUCUUCGCCUGAUGUGCCAGAUCAUGUUAUAUGGUUACACCCCCCUUGGACCUGCCACCACACACUGGGUUUUCAGUUGUGUUCAUCAUCUCUCUUUUUGCUGUCUCUCAACAUCUACGGUAUCCCCCUCCUUCCCUCGCUGUCUUCUGUACUUUUCUCAUCUGCUUUUUUGGCUUUCUCUUCCUCUUGCCACUAUCUUCUCUCCUCCUUUCUCAUUCCUCCAUAGUUCGGCUUUCUCCACUGUAGUCUGGCUACUGUAUGAAAUGUUAGGCUGAUGUAAGGGCCUGGGGUUCAUAUAGCUGUCUGGUUUAGAGACAAUAGAAUAGAGGGCUCUUGGUCUGUUGUGUGGGGAAGGUAUGGAAAGUAAUGUGAGCUCCAAACCUACACAUAUUUCAAAGAGCCCCUGUAACCACACAGAAGUGG